AUUUGAAUCGUCUCAAAUUGCUCUUCGUCUACUAUUAUGUCACAUAAUCCGUAUACGAACGCACCGCCUCUCAAAGAUGGCAGCACAUCCAACGAUCCGGCGGCGCGAGAGCCUCUCUAUGGUUUUCUUCCCAGAAAUGUGACCGCGGCACAAGUGCAGAGGGCACUGGAUGGAGACAUAAACCCAUUCACGAAGAAGCCGCACACACCUCAGUACAAGAAGAUCCUCGGAAUGAGGAAGAAACUACCCGUGUACGCGCAAAUGGAAGAGUUCUUGAAAAUCUUCAGCAAAAACCAGAUCAUUGUCAUGGUCGGAGAGACCGGGUCGGGCAAGACUACUCAGAUUCCACAAUUUGUGUGCUAUUCAGACCUUCCGCAUACCAAGGGCAAAUUGGUAGCCUGCACGCAGCCGCGUCGAGUGGCGGCCAUGUCAGUGGCGAAGCGCGUAGCGGAUGAGAUGGACGUACAACUCGGAAAGCAGGUCGGAUACUCUAUCCGGUUCGAGGAUAUGACGGAGCCGGGCGUCACUUUCAUGAAGUAUAUGACUGACGGUAUGCUUCUCCGAGAGGCCAUGAAUGAUCCCGACCUCUCGCGCUACUCCACGAUCAUCCUUGACGAAGCUCACGAACGUACUCUUGCCACGGAUAUUCUCAUGGGCCUGCUGAAGGCACUCGCGAAGCGCCGUGAGGACCUCAAGAUCAUCGUCAUGUCUGCUACACUCGAUGCGCUCAAGUUCCAGAAGUACUUCUCAAUUAAGGAGGGCGCGCCUGCGCCCUUGUUCAAGGUUCCUGGACGGACGCACCCAGUCGAAGUGUUCUACACCCAGGACCCAGAGCCAGAUUAUGUUGAGGCGGCAAUCCGCACUGUACUGAUGAUCCAUCGUGCGGAGGAGCCAGGCGAUAUCCUACUCUUCUUGACGGGUGAGGAGGAGAUCGAGGAUUCAUGUAGGAAGAUCAAAUUGGAGGCAGACGAUCUGCUGAACCAGGACCCGGAUAGUGUUGGCCCACUGGUCUGUAUACCACUGUACUCGUCGCUUCCCCCGCAGCAGCAGCAGCGCAUAUUCGACCCUGCGCCAUCCCCGCGUACCCCAGAUGGUCCGCCAGGUCGGAAGGUUGUCGUGUCCACAAACAUUGCCGAGACCUCGCUCACGAUCGACGGUAUUGUGUACGUCGUGGACCCGGGCUUCUCUAAACAGAAUGUCUACAACCCGCGCAUACGUGUUGAGUCGUUGCUUGUGAGCCCUAUUUCGAAGGCCUCCGCACAGCAGCGAGCAGGCCGAGCCGGGCGGACACGGCCCGGGAAGUGCUUCCGGCUGUAUACCGAGAAGGACUUCAUGAAGGAGCUUGAGGAGCAGACGCACCCAGAAAUCCUGAGGAGUAACCUGGCAAAUACCGUGCUAGAGUUGGUGAAGCUGGGCGUUCAUGAUCUUGUGAAGUUCGACUACGUAGAUGCACCAGCACCAGAAACGCUUAUGCGAGCGUUAGAGCUGCUCAACUACCUCGCUGCUCUGGACGACGAUGGUCACCUAACCCCUCUGGGGUCCAUCAUGGCCGAUUUCCCACUUGAUCCUCAGAUGGCUAAAAUGCUCAUCGUUAGCCCAGAGUUUAACUGUAGUAAUGAAAUUCUCACUAUCGUGGCGAUGUUGUCAGUGCCGAACGUAUGGCUUCGGCCGGCGAACGCGCGCAAGGAAGCGGAUCAGGCGAAAGCAUUAUUGACAGUGCCUGAUGGCGAUCACUUGACGCUACUGAACGUCUACAACAACUAUAAACAAAAUCAGCAUGACCGUAACUGGCCGUGGAACAACUUCCUGUCACAACGUGCGCUAGCGCAGGCCGACAAUGUGCGGUCGCAGCUGCAACGGACAAUGGAGCGUUUCGACAUCGACCUUGUGUCGACGCAAGACGAGCGCAAGCUGUACCUGAAUGUGCGGAGGGCGCUGGUCUGCGGGUACUUCAUGCAGGUAGCGCACAAGGAAGGCGACAAGGGCGGAUAUUUGACGGUGAAGGACAAUCAGGUUGUCUCGCUGCACCCGUCGUGCGGCCUGGACAACCAACCAGAGUGGGUUAUCUUCAACGAGUUUGUCCUGACCACGAAGCCAUACAUCCGGACCGUAACAGAUGUCCGUCCCGAGUGGUUGCUAGAAUUGGCCCCACUCUACUUCAAUCUGGGGACGUUCCCCGACACGGAAUACAAGCGUGCACUACUCCGGAUCCAGAACAAACAGGCCAGGAAGUCACCCGGAGGCACGGAUGCUCGCCCAUCAAAGAAGAAGAGAUCAUAGGUCGCGUGCUUUAUGCUCCUGGCAUGCGAGCUUCCGCUUCCUGUGGACGUUGAUGUUCGAAUUUGCACAGUAGAUUUUCAGGUAGUGUGUGCUCUUCGGGUGUGGAAAUGCUGUCAUUAUAAUGUAUUGUCUUGCCAAAAUGUCUUGCAGUGGCUAAUUUGUGAGAUGCACCUGCACGCCGUGAUUCAGAGUUCACUGCACCGCAUCAUUAA